AAUGGGAUGGGCAGGUAUGGCCAGGACAGAAGAACAUUCCAUGUUCUGCACUGCUGGCAACUUCUCUGGACAUAUGAGGGAGCUAGAAGCACACUCACUCGCUGACAGCCACUGGUACUGACAAACUCUCUGCAUAAUGGAGAGCAGCCUGAAGAAUGUUCUGGUGGUUUCUUGCGGAUUCCUCCUGCUCUUCAUUGCUUACGGGGGUCUGCAGAAUCUGCAGAGCAGUCUCUACAGUGCGCACGGCCUGGGGGUGGCGACUCUCAGCACAGUCUAUGCCUCUGUGCUGCUGUCCUCCAUGUUCCUCCCGCCUGUCCUCAUCAAGAAAUGUGGCUGCAAGUGGACCAUCGUGGGCUCCAUGUGCUGCUACGUGGUCUUCUCCCUGGGCAACUUCCAUGCCGACUGGUAUACCCUGAUCCCUACCUCCAUCUUGCUGGGCCUGGGUGCAGCCCCCCUGUGGUCGGCGCAGGGUACCUACCUCACCAUCAUGGGAAAUCUGCAAGCAGGCAAAGUGGGAAAGCCUGGCAAGGAUGUGGUGAACCAGUACUUCGGCAUCUUUUUUCUUGUAUUCCAAUCUUCCGGAGUGUGGGGCAACCUGAUUUCCUCGCUGGUGUUCGGCAAGAUGUCCGGGCAAGAGGCCAUCCCUGAGGAACAGCUUGUGUCCUGUGGAGCCAAAGACUGCCAGAUGGGUCCCGUGGCCACCAACAGCACCCAUAACCCCUCCCAGCAACUGAUCUACACACUGCUGGGCAUCUACACCAGCAGUGGUGUCCUGGCCAUCCUGCUGGUAGCUGUAUUUCUCGAGUCCAUGGAAGAUAAAGUACAGAAUGAAGGAGAGACAAAUUCCAGACCACCACCUCUCUGGUCCACAUUACUGUCAACCUUCAUGCUGUUUAGAGACAAGCGUUUGUGCUUCCUGAUGUUCCUGCCACUGUACAGUGGGUUCCAACAAGGGUUCCUCUCUGGAGAAUACACCAAGUCUUAUGUGACCUGUGCCCUGGGUAUCCACUUUGUGGGCUAUGUGAUGAUUUGCUUCUCGGCCAUGACUGCACUGUGCUCCCCGCUGUACGGGAAGCUCUCCAAGCACACGGGAAGGGCCGCACUCUAUGUGUUGGGGGCAGCCAUUCACUUCUCUUGCAUUGUGGUCUUCCUGCUGUGGCAACCGAACCCGGCCCAGCUGCCUGUCUUCUUCAUCCUCUCUGGCCUGUGGGGAAUGGCUGACGCUGUCUGGCAGACACAGAACAAUGCUCUUUUUGGUGUCCUGUUUGAAGAGAACAAAGAACCUGCUUUUGCCAACUACCGCCUCGGGGAAGCCAUAGGGUUUGUCAUUGCCUUUGGAUACAGCUCAUUUCUGUGUGUGAGCACCAAGCUCUACAUUCUCUUGGGUGUCUUGAGUCUAGCCGUGGUUGGUUACGGGACUGUUGAGUACCUGGAAUCCAAGGCCGCUUGCAAGGUCCUUGCUGCCGAAGAGAAAAACCAGGUAGAAGAAGAAGAAAUGAAAACAGAAAUGUGAGUGUGGUCAAGUGAUGGGAACCCAGCCUGGGUCAGCGGAGGCGUUCAA